UCUCCACCCAAGCCAAACGAAAACCAAGAGGCAGGGAGCUGAGAUUCAGGCACCCACUAGCAGGUGAUGGGAGAAGAAGAAAAGGCAUUGGAGACCUUGGUGAGCAUAGAGAAUGACCCUUCUCCAGCCUUACCUCCUGUUGGCUGCUGCAGGUGCUCGCUCCGAUGUCUUGCAGCCACCAGCAUCAUCUGCGGUUGCUCCUGUCUUGGAGUCAUGGCUCUUGUGUUUGCUGUCAAGGCUGAGGAACGACAUAAGGCUGGAAAGCCAGAGGAAGCAGUAUUCUGGGGGAAUCGUGCCAGGCGUCUUGCCCUGGCUAGUAUGGCAGUGUGGCUUGGAGUGCUUGUCCUGGGACCCCUACUACUCUGGCUUCUAUCAUACGCCAUUGCCCAAGCAGAGUGACCUUUCUGUGACAAACCUGGACAGCAUGACAUUCCCCUGUGGCAUCAUAGGUGGACCUGGGCUGCAUCAAGGUCCUUCAACUUGACCAGAAGAACAGCAAGGUCCCCCAGGUCCUGGAGGGUAUUUAAACCCCCUUUCAAAAAGUGGUUUCCAGAGGCUGCUUCCCCAGCAUGCAGACAAAAGAGCUGAUCGGAUGGGGCUGAUGAUUUAAAAAAAAAAAAAAAAAAAGUUUGGACUUGCAUUGAUUGACUCUCUCCUAUUCGUGGGACCUUAACCCAAUUAGUGAGAUUGGAGAAUAGUAGCCGUGAUUACAUUAAAAUUCAUUUUGUAAUUUUUUUAAAAAAGGGGGGUGGAGAGAAAUGCCUCCAGUGGCUGGUCUUUUGCUCUUUUCUGUCCCCAGAUCUUGGUGAUAACUUUGUUCGUUUCUGUGGGUGGGAAAGAUAACCUCAGGGUUGCAGCUCCUUUUUCCGUCUAAUGGCUAAAGAAGUGAUUGUUCACUGAAUCUUUGUGAAUAGGGGGAGGAGGGGGACACUCCCUUCUAUUUUCACCUAACACACACAUCCCUCCCUAACUUUACAAAUAAGAAAACAGCCUGGGCAAGGU